AAAUCACGCGUCAAUCAACUGUCGAAGCUUAUAAGCGCGAGACAACGUCGCCAUAACAUAUACAAUAACCAUGAGUGGUCAAUUAAAUACUAAAAAAGAUCUUGGUUCUGAUUGGUCAACUGAUCGCUAUAUAUGCCGUGUUGCAAAAUUCACUGCCAGUACUGAAAAUCUAUUGGCGUUUUCGAAUGGAUGGAUUCAUGGUGGAAAGUACCAAUAUAUUCAUUGGACACGAACAGUAACACAAACCAUUAUCGAUAUAUCGUUCGCUUUCAAUAACCAAGAACAAGUAAUCGACUAAAUUGCAUUUUCCAUAAAUUAUAAUUUUAAGAAAAUUUUGUUUGUGUCUCUCACGUUUUCUGUGAACGGAAAUUACAUUGAUUUUUGAAGAAAUUUGGCGAGUAUUUUUAUUGGCGUUGCUUUCGAAACGGUAAUGUCACGCGCAUGCGCGUGUUUGCGCAUGCGCGAAUUCGACAAUUUCGACAGCUCACCUAACCUGUAAUAUCUGUAUGUGUAUUGUUCUUGUAUAAACAAACAUAAUUUUAUCUAAUUUUGAACAAACUCAGUUUACAAAAGUCAGUAAGAAAGAAUAAUGUUUUAUCAAAUUAAUAAAAUUAUGUUUCUGUAAAUUAAAUUGUAUUAAGAGAGAUAAUUUGAACACAAUUUGAACACAAAUUUAAAAGUAGAUAUUUUCUUAGGAAAGAGACUUAUAUACAUUUUAAUAGAAGCAAGAUGAAUAUCCCACCGAUUCAACAGUCAGGAGCCAUGGGAGUAGGACAAAUGGGACAACCAGUGAAUCCUCAAAUGUCUCAGAAUCAACAGCAGGCGCAACAAACGCAGCAACAGCAAGUCCAACAGCAACAGCAACAACAACAAGUCCAACAGCAGCAACAACAGCAAACCCAAGAUAAGCUGGAUAACAUAUCGAAAGUUAAAUCCCUGGUCGGACCUUUGAGAGAAUCUCUAGGCAUAGCUCUCAAAACUGCGGCGCAUACGUUGCAUCAAAACAGUUUGGUCGAUGUAGGAUCCAUGAAGGGUAUCGAUCAGCCUGAUCAUCGAUUCAACAAGCAUAUGGAAGAGUUCUACUCCAUUUGUGAUCAAAUAGAAUUGCACUUGAAAACCUCUGUAGAGUGUCUGUCGCAGAAUAAUAGCUCGCUUCGGUAUCUACCAAUGUCUGUUAUAACAAAUCGUAGUGACACAGUGAGUACGCAAGAAGGACCAGCGCUAUCUUAUCCACAAUUCUUGAUGACUGUGCGCGCACAAGUGGCGUAUGCACGCGAUAUUCACGACGCUCUCAUGUCUCACGCUCGUGCAAUAUCCUCUGGGGAACAACCUUAAUUCCAUGAAUUUGUUUAAAGAAAAAAAUGUUCUAAAUACUCAGAAAGAUAUAAGGGGAAUGAAGUGUAACAGUUGUAAUUAUGUGCUAAUUUAUAGAUAUAAGUUUCUUGAAAUACAUAAAUAUUGCUAUUAAUAAAAUAUUUAAAUUGCGAAA